AUGUACGCUUCUCAAUACGUGGCCGCGGAAACUCGCCAAAUGGACGAACUAUGCCGUAGAAUAGACAGUGCUAAAUUGUGCGCACGCGCGUCGCUGCGUAGAGGAGGAAUUCCUUGCACUGUCAACUUGUCGGCAAAGAACCUUUCGUCUAUGAUGGGUGGCCAAAAUUGCCAUGCCGAGAUUACCUUUGACGACAACGUGAAAUGGCUCGCUCGAUUCCGUUUGUCAAAUAUCUCAUCGCCUCCACUAGAAUGUCGCGACUACAUCCUUCGGAGCGAGGCAGCCACAAUGGACUUUUUACAGAAGCACACACGUAUCCCCUCCCCGAAAGUUUUCGAUUGGGCAUGCGAAUCAGACCCAAGUAACCCAUUGGGACGGGUAGGCUAUAUCUUGAUGGAAAAGAUGGAAGGGAAACCCUUGGAUUGGCAAGGGGCCAACUCGCCGCAGAGAGAGAAGGUCAUGCAGCAAUUAGUUGACAUAUUUCUUGAAAUCGAGAAACACCCAUUCAAUACGAUGGGGUCAAUGGUCCCAGCUAGCAACCCAACAAGGUACGAGAUCCAGGGCAUCGCCCAUCAUGAAGUGUAUUGUUUAGAAACUACCGGGCCCCUAGGCCCUUUCCACUCUUCCCUAGAGGGAGCCGACGCUCUUAUCAAAUUGUACCUUGCUAUGAUAGCAAGCGGUGAGAUAGAGGCUACUUAUCCGAUAGAUGUUUUCCUCAUGCAUCGCUUCCGUUUAGAUCUUCUAAACGAUAUCGAGAAAGAUGCUCCGUCGGGAGGACCCUUUUUCCUGAAGCACCCCGACGAUAAGGGCGAUCACAUCCUUGUAAACGAAGAUUUCGACAUCGUCGGAAUGAUAGACUGGGAGUGGUGCCAGACAGUUUCAAAGAAAAAUGCAUUCUCCUCGCCAUGUAUGAUGUGGCCCGUUGCAAAGUUCUACGACGGUUCCAACGAGCUUGCCGAGGAAGAAUUGCGACUAGCUAUGAUCUUUCGGGAAAGAGGUCGUGACGAUCUAGCCAAAUACAUUGUCGAGGGAAGGAAAGUGCAGCGAUUCUUCUUUGCUCUGGGCGCUGGCAGCGGAUCCCAUAAUGAUCGAAAAACAAUGAUUGAUCUUUUCAUGGGCCUUAAACGAGCCUUCGACUCUGGAGAGGAAGAUUGGGAGGAGUGGAGGGCUAAAGCAUUGGUUAGGUGGAAGGAUGAUGAAUUAUUGCAAGUUUUAUUGUAG